AUGGAGGAAGGUCCCAUGGCGUCGACCAAGCUCUAUGUGGGCAACCUCUUCUACGAGCUCACGCAACGCGACGUGGAGGCCGAGUUCGGCAAGUUCGGUCCCAUCGAACAAUGCGCCGUCAAGAAAGGCUACGCGUUCGUCCACUACGAGCAGCUGGAGGACGCUGAGAUGGCUGUGCAGGAGAUGAACGACAAGGAACUGGGCGGCCGUCGACUGCGCGUGGCCUUCGCGGUCUCGCACGGCACGCAGCGCCGCUUCGACGGCCCUCCACCUCCCAUGCAGAACAACGCGCCGCCCCCGCUGCUGCACAGCCCGCGCUUCCCCGUGAACGCGUCGCCCAACCUGUUCGUGGCCAACAUCCCGCCUCAUAUCAAGAUGAGUGAACUGGACCAGGCCUUCGCCCAGUUCGGAGAGGUCAAGAACGUCAAGGUGCUGCCCCAGGCCAGACCCGACGCGCCCAUGUCCGCCUUCGUGGACUACUCGGACGUCUCGUCGGCGCAAAAAGCACACAGCGCGACGAUCAUCGUGGCCGGUCAGCAUCUGCGCACGGACUAUAACUUCCGCAAGAACAAAAGUGAGGGUCCGAGACGCGUGAAUCGAGGCAGCUUCGAUGGCAGCGGCGGUUAUGAUGACGAAGAACGCGGUGGUUCUCGCUACGACUCGUAUGACUCGAGGAAGAGCCGGUACGACGACGAGUUCGAGGACUCGGACCACCGUCGCCACCAUCACCGCCACUCGAGUCGUCACCAUUCGUCGCGACGCAGUCGUGAGGAUCCGGAGGAGCGGGGACGCAGUGUCUCUCCUCCGCGCUAUCGCCGCCACAGCAGCAGCAGCAGCAUGCGGAGAGGCGAGGAAAGCUCGCGUUCGCGCGACUAUCCGAGCGAGCGCUCGUACGCCCGUCCGGAUGAAUUGGACGAGUUCCAACAGCCCGAACGACGUCCGUACUAUGAGUCGCGUUCGAGAGGAGAGGAACGGAUGCCUCGUGAGUACUCGGGCCGAGGAGUGGACAAGACCUCGCAAGAGUACCGUCGCUACGGUCGACCGGAGAUGUCGUCGCGCCACGGAUCGCGUCGUCCCCGGAAUGACCGCAGCUGGUCCCCUCCUCCGUCGGGCCCUCGCAGCCGUAGCCGCAGUCGCUAG